CGCGGAAUGGCAACAAAAAUGUUUGGGAAAUGUUUUUUAACGAUUUUAAUGAAAUUUGUACUCGCCGUCUCCUAGUGUGAAAUUAUGUUAAUAAAGAUUUAUUAAUUCCGCUAAAGAAGUAUGAUUUGCUGUCACUGGAAUUUCCUGUCAUAGCGCCAACAGCAUUCAUCUCGUCUCAUCAACUUGUUGUUUAUCAAGUACAAUAACAUCCGAUGUUGGAUAGUAAUUUCAAUUUGUCUUCAUGGCUACCUCGAGUAGUGGUCGGCGACGAGUCGCAACCAAGCUGUAUGCGGCCGAGGAUCAAGCUUUUAAUCAAAUUGCAAAAGAAGCUGAAGCCCGUCUGGCUGCCCGGCGUCAGGCACGAGCGGAAGCGAGGGAGAUUCGAAUGAAAGAACUGGAAAAGUUGCAAAAAGAGGCAGAUGAACAAAGCGACAGGCAUUAUGAGCUACUUACAGAUGUUGCCCGUAACACCCGUCCUUCAGUUGAGGCCAGAACUCCAUCCUAUAUGUCAGGAACUUCUUCUUAUGCAAGUUCCCGGCGAAGUAGUGAAGAUUCUACUGAUAAUUUGGAAUUAAGAACUGGUUUGAUUGGACGAGAUCUGAAGUUUCAAUUAUCUGAUUUGGAGGAGAAGUUUCGUAAGGCUAUGAUAAGCAAUGCCCAACUAGAUAAUGAAAAAACUGCCUACAUUUAUCAAGUGGAAACUUUGAAAGAUGAAAUCGAGGAAAUGCAAGAAAACUUGAAUCAAUCGCAGAGAGAAUACAGAGAAAAAAAGCGGGUUUAUGAUCAGCUAAUGAGAGAUUACAAAAAUUUACAACAAGAAAAUGAAUGCCUACUACAUAACUUAAAACAAAGGGACCAAUUAAUACAAGAACAUGGGCUUGUUCUUGUAAGUGAAAGUAGUAUGAAUGGCGAUAUCAGUGAAGAAUACGAGUCCAACGUGUCUUCUCGAAAAAAGAGUAAGCAGAACUCUUCUACAGCCUUAUUAUCACAACGAUCAGCCCUUCUACUGGAUCAAGUGGGAAAUGGCUCAUUAGAUGUUCGGUUGAAGAAAUUCAUAGAAGAAAAACAAGAGUUGUUAGAUGAAAUCUAUAGGCUACGUCUUGAUUUAGAGGAAGAGCGGCAAAAAUUAUCAAAAAUGGAAAAUUCAUCUGUCAAUCACAAUCAUGUGAAUGGACCUGAUAUUAAAGUGUUAGAAGUGCAGCGUGAAGCUAAUAAACAAGUUAGUGACUAUAAGUUCAGACUGAAAAAGGCAGAGCAAGAAAUUACUACUUUGCAAAGCAAUAUUUCUAGACUAGAAAGCCAAGUUGCAAGGUACAAAGCUGCCACAGAAAAUGCUGAAAAAACAGAAGAUGAUUUAAAAGCUGAAAAGAGAAAAAUCUUGAGAGAAUUCCGAGAAGCCCAAUCUCGCAUCGAAGAAUUGGAAACUUCAAAUACUCAUCUCCAGAAGCGCAUUGAUAAGCUCAAGUCUGCCCGGACUGCUCUAAUCAAAAGCUAGUUUCGUCAGUAAGUGUACAUGUUUGUAAAAGGAUGAUCUUUGUACUUGUGCUCCCAUUUUGAUCCACAUGCAGAGUUUAUUACCAGUCAGUGACCUUUGAUACGAGAUAGUUUUUAAUAUCUCCUUGUAUGUAAAUGUUGUACUUAUGCGUUUUAUACAACAGUUAUGUUCCUGUAUGAAAUAUAUGAAUUGUAAACUAAGUCUAGCUUUAUCUACUAAAACAUAUUGGCUUUUUGUCCCUUUUCUGUGGCUUUUUUUGUACAUUUUGUAUUUAAAUCUGGGGGUUGAAUUGUUUUUUUAGACAUUAAAAAGAUUAUUAAAAGGUUAAAGGCUACAUUUUGUUUGUUGGAGAUGCAAAUUUAAUUCUAUUUAAUAAUUGCUUUUAUAGAAUUUAAACUAUUUGCUACCUCUAAAUACAACUGUUUUCAGUGUUAAUUUGUACUAACUUUAAGUAUAGUAAAAGUAUUUUUGUAUUCAUUUGAGAGUUCCAUUGGUAGCAUCUGACCUGAUAUUGAAUGGUGCAUUACAAGUCUUCAAUGAUUCAAAUGAAUUUCUUGUGAGGAGAUGUUCUUGUUAAACAUUAUAAAUGUACAAGUACUUAGUCAGUAUACUACUAAUAUUUUCUUUAAUGUUUAUUCUAAAAAGGCACUGAUCAUGAAAUGCGAGAUUCAACAAGCCAGUAGAAUUUUAAACUUGAGUACAUGCGCCUGCAAGAUAGUUUUCAGUAUUAUAUACUUUUUUACUAUUAUUAUUAUUUUUUUUUUUUACUAUCUGUGAUUAAUUUCAUUUUAAUGAUAUAUUUUCUUUGUAAAAUAGGGUUUUAUUUUUUAAAUCAAUUUUCUAUUGUAUUUCCAAACAUGUUAUAAUAAAAAAAAUUAAUAAUUGUUAUUCUUAAAUGGCAUGAUAAUGAUGUAUGUUGGUGAGAAUUAAAUGCAUUUUUACGAUUUCCGAAUUCAGCGUAUUGAAUAAAAAAUUACUGAUGACUGUUUAUAGCAUAUUUUGUAUCUCGGUUGCCUUAUUGCUUAAAAUUUUGAAUUUUUCUUUCUCACAAUUUACUAUUUAUUUUUUUCGUCUUAAAGUCGUGUUUCAAUUGUAAAUCUCACUUUUGUGUGACUCUGUGAAGGAAAAAGAAUGCAAUACAAAAAUUUUCCUGGUGAAAUUUUGAAUUAUAUCAUUUAUUUCAUGACUUCAUCUGUGAUAUGUUUGUUUUCACUCAGAUUUUUUCUCCUUUUAUCUUGUGUUUCAGUUUUUAAGGAGAAAAAAACUUUGUUAUAUUUAUCAUUAAGUUACCUUAUGACAUUUAGUGUUUUCUUCAUUCUUUUUCUAAACAUAUUAAGUCUUAUUUUUUAUUUCUCCAGUUAGUCUGAGAUUUGCAUAUUUUAUAUUUCAUGUCAUAAUUAAAGUCUAAAAUUGGAAAUAUUUUUAUUUAAUUAUCUAUGUUGUAUUUGCAUUCCUUCAAAGUGGACCAGGACUAAUUUGGAUUUUUUUUUUUUUUUACUGUUGAUUUUUUUUAUAAAUAAUUGUAAUUUCUUAUACUGUGUUUUAUAAAAUUUUCAUUUUCAUAUUAUAAGAUGAACACAGUGUAUGAGAGAUAUUUCUUUUAAACAUUUAUUGAUAGUUUUGAAAUAUCAUGAUCAGUGUCUUCACUUGCACUUUUUGUCUGAUGAAAAAUGGAACAUUUGUUUGCGAUGAAUUUUAAAAAUAAUAUCUGUAGCUUAGUUUUAAAAAGCCAUUCUAUUCUAUUGAACCUAGUUUAUAAAAUAAUUGAAUUGAAGAAACUACAUUGUAUGAAUGAUUUCAAAAAUAGACAAACAGUCAUUAUUACAGAUUUUAAAUCUGAAUUCAUUUUAUAUAUUGGGUUUCAAAUAUUGAAAAUCAUUCAGAAUGAAAAAUUGACUUUUACCUUCUAAGUGAUUUGAAAUGAAGUAUUGAUAUGUCUGAUUUCUAAGUAUUAAAUAUAGCAUAUGUUCAGUUUCUUUGAACAGUGCAUAUUUUUAUCUGUGUUGAUGAAAUAUUUUUACAUUUAAAUAUUUUAUUGCCUUUAUUUAGAACAGGGAUAUGGGCAUAUCCUUAUUGAGAUUAAUAUAUUAAUUUCAGCACAUGAAAUCCUAAGUGGAUUGAUAGUUCAUCUUUGAGUUUCAUGUAUAAAUAAAAAUCUAAUGCAAAUCCAAAUAUUUUUAAGGAAAUUUAACAUCUAUAUAUUAUAUGGUUUUGGAUAUUUAUUUAUUUAUUCAUUUGGAGUAAGAGUCUUAAUUUUUUUGAUGAACCAAUUUUUAAAAUUCAUAGUAGAAAAAAAUUGGUAACAAAAUAACAAUGUGCUCUAUACAAAAUGGUAAUUUGGACUUAACACUUGCAAUCAUGGCCUAAUAUGCAUUGCUGACCAGUUAGGGCGGAUUGAGCAAAAUACACAAUUUUGGUAGUUUUUUGUGGUUUUUCUGCUCAUAUCCUAAUGUAGCAUCCUGAAACUUUUUGCAUUUACAUUUUACUGAUGACAAAGCACUCUGAAUAUUUUCAAAACUAAAUUAUCAGUAAUUUGAUUAACACACAUUAAAUUUUUUAUUGAAGGUACUGGAAUGAAUUCAGUGGAAAAUUCAUGUCAGAAUUUCAUAUUAUUUAUAAUAAUGAAUUAUGAAAAAAUCAAAAACUAAAAAGUAAGAAAAAUAUUUCAAUUAAAAAAAUUCUUGCCUUUAUAAUAUUCUAGUAUAAAUAUACUUUUAAAAACUUGUUUUUAUUUAGAUACAUUAAAAAUGUUCCAUUUUCAUCAUAAAAUACUGAGUUAUUUUCUACUCCCAUUAAUACUCUAACCUUUGUUUGCAACUUGUUGAAGUGCCAUGUUGUUUGUUUAUUAAGUUGAAAGUUUUGUUCAAUAACUGGAUGCUGAGCUUCCAUAUUUUGUAUUAGUUUUUGUGCAUUUAUAUUGAUAGGUAUUCCAAUAUUGAUAACCUCUGUUGAGCAGAGGAAUGUCCUAUACGAAGCAUUUCUUUUUCAAAAAAAUGAAAUUCCUACUGUACAUAUAGUACUGCAUACAAAGGUCUAUUAGAAUUAGCAUACAAUCCACUGUAGCUUUGUAAUCAUAAAUACUAGAGAAAUGAAAUUUUAUUGGUAAAAACACUGGUUUUUGAAAACGUCACUUGGUAUAGGAUCCAUUUACUUUACUGCAUAGCAAUGAUCUUCGUUUUAGUAGCGUUUAUGUUUGUAAAACUCAUGAGUUUGACCAAUACACCAGGUAUGCAAUGAGUUUGUUGUGAUCUUGAAUCUGCCUCUCAUGUUUUCAGCUUUCAGUUGUCUAGAGCAAUAGAAAUCCAUUGAGGUUUGAUUGAAACUGUAUGUGUGUCAAUGUUCUUCUAGUAUUGAUGCUUGAUUUUCAUUACUGACGUAUCCAUAAAUUUGUGUACAGUCUUUCCAAAGAAACCGAUAUCAUUCCUUGGUAAUAAUAGUUCAAAGGGGGGGGGAUGCUGAAUCAUCUGCUUAUAAUUCCAAAAGAGUGUCACCAUCAAUUUAUUGAUAUAACCUGGCCAAUCGCAACUUCUUUCAAAACAAAAAUUCGGAAUGCUUUCAUUGAGGAUCCACCAUGAUUAAUUCAAUGACUGCUCAUUUUUAGAAAAGGAUGUUAUCUUUAUCAUCCAUGGUUGUCACAACUGGGCAUAAAAAUGAGCAUUAGUAAAAGACCAGGUGUUCUAGUUUAAAAAACUUCAUUUCUUCAGUGUUUAUCAUUACUGAACUGCAGAGAAUUUGUACAUUCCUUUUCGAAUGACUAUUAAGCAAUUCUCAAUAAACAGUCAAUCAAUAUUCUUUCAUAGUCAUUAUUUUUGUUCCAGCAUAAUUAUUUGCUUUUUGUAACUCGACUUUCCUUUUUAUAAGGGCUAUGCAAAUAUGCCAAACAGUGCCUGUAUGAAACAUAUACUCUUUUGUCCUCCUUUUUCUGGAUUUAUAAUUUUGAUAAUAACAAGCUUUGUCUUAAAGCAAUAGUAACUGAAUAAUUUUAGAAUAGAGACAUUUGAUGAUAGUUUAUUAUAACAUCACUGUUAAAAGUUUUUAUGAAAUGUUACAAAAUUUAAUUUCAUUUCAGAAUAAUAGUAUCAUUAUUUCUGUUUAGUAGUUCUAUUUUAAAAGUAUGUUUGUAACAUUUUUUUUAUUUAAAUGGAGUGUUAGCUGGAAGGAAUAGCUUUGGAUUUUUUAAAAGAUAAUAAUGGUGAAAAAAUUUUUUUUUUGUUAAGUUCAGUUAUUAAACUUUUUAC